AUGCGCCUGCUGAAAGCUUCAGCUGCUGCUCUCUCUCGACAUUCUGCUGCUGCUGCUGCUCUGACAGCAGCAGUUGCUGCUGCUUGUGGGGUGGCUUCUGGUGUACGUACACCUGAGCAGGAGACGCAGCAGCAGCAGCAGCAGCAGCAGCACGCAGCAGCCGGAGCAGAUUCUUCACUGGAUGCCGCAGCAGCAGCAGCAGCAGCCACAGCAGCAGCAGCAGCAGCAACAGCAGCAACAGCCUCAGCUGGAAGUGUAGCGGAGGCAGCAACAGCAGCAACAACAGAAGCAGCUGCAGAAGAAGAAACAACAGAUGCAGCAGCAGGAGAAGCAACGCCCGAAGCAGCAGCAGCAGCAGCAGCAGCAGCAGCAGCAGCACUGCUGCCUCUUGAGGAGCAGGUGUUUGCCCUAGCUGUGGAAGUAGGCCUCAGCAGCAGCGAGCUGCCGGUGCUGGAGCAGCUGCAGCAGCAGCUGCAGCAGCAGCUGCAGCAGCAGGUGCUGCAGCAGGAGCAGUUGCUGCUGGCCAGCGCCGCAUCAGCAAAGCGACAGCAGCAGCAGCAGCAGCAAAGGCCGCAUGCAGCAGCAGCAGCAGCAGCACAGACGAAGGCAGCACCAGCACUUAAUAAUCGCAGCAGCAGCAGCAGCAGCAGCAGCAGCAAGAAAAAGUGCAGCCUAAGGCCGAGCAGCAAAACGAAUAAUAGUUGCGCAGCACGUGAAGAGACACGGAAUGCAUGCAAGGACAAGCUGCAGCAGCAGCUACAGCAGCAGCAGCAGCAGCAGCAGCAGCAGCAGCAGCAGCAGCAGCAGCACAAGGAACAAGAGGAGCAGCUGCAGCAGCAAAAGGAACUGGAGCGCAAAGAAAAGCCACAGCAGGAAGAACAGCAGCAGCAAGAGCAAGAACUGCAGCAGCAGCAGCAAGAACAACAGCAGCAGCAGGAAGAACAGCAGCAACAGCUGCAGCAGGAAGAACAGCAGCAGCAGCAAGAGCAGCGGCAACAGCAGCAAGAACAGCAGCAACAAGAACAGCAGCAACAUCAAAAAGUAACACAGCAGCAGCAACCAGAAGAGCAGCAGCAGCAGCAACAACAACUUGAACAGCCGCAGCAGCAGCAGCAGCGGGCGGCCUUCCACCUAGAAGGCAGCAGCUGCGCCACUUUAAGCCGUAGCAGCAGCGAACCCUUGCUGCUGCUGCAGCAUCCACAGCAGCAGCAGCAGCAGCAGCAGCAGCAGCAUAUGGAAGGCCUUGCUGCUGCGUCUGCUGGCAGCAACGAGCUGCUGCUCAGCGACGCAUGCAGCAGCCAAACGAGCCAGGAUCUGUCCCCCUUGCUGCUUUCUCUUGCCUAG